ACUCACAUUCGCUCUGCAGACACUUUAUUACUUGUCACAGAGCUGCACAUCAUCACACACUGUUACAGCUUCACUUCUUCAUCUCUCAGAGCCACCGAAAACUGAAGAUGGGAAAAAUUAACGGAUGCAUCAGAUUCCCCUUUAUCUCCUUCAAUGGGCUGUUUGCAGUCAUCGGAUGUAUGAUGAUCUACGGGCUGAUGAAGAUCAGCGCCUAUAGACAACAGCAGCUGGAGGCGGCGGGCAGCCUGGGCCUGGGUUGGGCUUGGGUGUUUACCAUCAGCAUCCUCUGCAUCGCCGGUCUGGGGGUCUUUGCAGGCCGCAAAGAGAACGCACUCGCCCUCAAAAUAUUUGCAGGCUUCAUGGUGGUUGGAAUGAUCAUCAUGAUGAUCUUUGGCAUCAUUGUCGUUGUCGAAAGGAACGAGCUGAAAAGCGACUUUGAAAGCGGCAACUCUGAGACGGUAAAGACCUGGAUUGACAAAGAGGAAAUGAGAGAGCUGCUUAAUAAGCUACAGCAAGAGGUAAAGUGCUGUGGACUGGUGAGCGCCGAGGACUGGGGUGAUGAUAUCCCUACAUCCUGUGAGUGUAACUCACUGAGAGGUUACGGAGGAUAUGGAGGAUCUGCAGGAUCUGAAUGUAAAGCCAAACCAAAGGGAACCUCAGGCCCAAGCUUCAUCUAUAAACAGACCUGCGGUGGAUUCAUCUUUGAGUGGAUCGACUAUUUCUACAAGAUCGCCAUGGGCGUCUGCUUUGGAUUUGCUGUCACUGCACUGCUGGGCCUGCUGAUGUCCCUGCUGAUGAUCCAUCAGAUCAAACGUCAUGACAGCGCAGCAGGAGCGUCCUUUGCCAUGACGGGAUACUGAAGGGAACCCUCCACCCCUGACCUUCUGCGCUGUAAAGGAGGACUCAGUGGUCAAUUCAUGAUGGCGUCUUUGUUUUGCUGCAGGAACAUUUCAUUUUUUCCUUCCAGAUUUCUAUUGUAGAAAAUAUAGCAGGCUUUUUUUUAAUGAAUCAUUAUAACUCGAGUUAUUUGAUGGUACGCUGCGUUCCAUCUUCUAUUUCUCUGUUGCAUAAAUAUUGUAGAAAGAGGCAGUUUCUAAUCUGAAUACAGCUCUAUAAACCCGAGGAGGUCAUAACAUUACCUGUGAGUUUAAAACGUUGGAACAUUCUCUUGUUUUAUUAAGCCUGGGACGCACCAGAGAACAGCUUAGUAAAGUUCAUCCACUCCUCGUUAGUGGUGGUAGAAGCUUGGUGAUGGAGGACUGCUUGAAGGGCUACUUGGCCGAACACACGAGACGGCCGGGAAUAUGCUAGCGCCGGUCUGUCGCAGCUAAAUGUCUGGAUUGCUAACUGUCAAUCAGCUUUAGUUAUUAAGUUAACCAUCAGCAUGCUAACUGCUUCACUGACUGGACAAUAAGUUCACACACUUUAUUCUAAACACAUCUGUACCACAGACUCCUCUCUCACAACUGUCUGCAAACCAUUCCUCUUUAUCUUACUCCAGCAGCAAAACGGUGAGGAUUUAUUUAGUCCCCAUGAAUAAAAAUCCACUGAUGGCAGCCGGUCUGUUGCACAAUGUAGCUUUUUAAAAAGGCCGUUAGCCUAGCUUUAAUUGCUAAUGACCAUAACUUUUUUACAUGGACUGGGAAACAAAACCUCCAGAUUUAAUUGCUCUUAAUUCUGAAAACAUCUGCAGACAGAUAUAUACGACGAGGACUCUUCAAAACUAACUAACUAAAACUAUGAUAAUCUGGUGAUUAUUGUUGAAGUAAUGUCCGACCUGAAGAACCUUCUCGGGUUAACAACAUGUCAGAUGAACACUUCCUCCUCCUGUCUGUGUGAAAAAUGUAGGACAAUGAACUCGCAUAUUUUCCAAAGUUGAGUGUGAGUGUUUGUAAAGCACUUCAGUAAUAUAAAACCAGAGCAGCCCUCUGGACAUUUUGCCAAAUGGUUAAAUGGCAAAUCCUGAUGUGACAUUUUCAAAAUUAGUGAAAUAUUUUGUGUCUUCUGUAAAGAGCAGGUAACGCUGGGAAAGCAACGUCUCUCUGUGUCCGUACAAUUAUUCAUGUGGAAGCCAGGAUAAAAAUGAGAUUAUAAAACUCUCUUCUCUUCAUGGAGGAUGAAGCCAUGAGACAAACCAAACAACAGCUCAGGGUUAACUUACAAGUUUACAUGUCUCCUACAGGGACUUUAUAAAAAGGGAUGAUGACUUAAGUGGAAGACAAACGCUGUGACAGGAACUGUUUUAUUGUGAAAUCUGCACUCAUAUCACUUCAAAAUAAACUCUAGAGACUAAAACCCA